CCAUUGAUUUAGAUUUUAUCACUCCAAUUUUGCAAAAUCAGGUUAAAAGAUAGUUAUUUGAACCCAAAAGUCAGUAGGAGAAUUCUAAAUACUUCAAAAACAUCGCACCUGUAGUUGCAGUCUAAGGUAUGCAGUACUUCCUAUUGGCUUUAAAUUCUAUUAAUUUGAUCUGUAUAAAGAAAAAAAUAAAUUUCUGAAAAACCUUAAUUGGUUUCUUGCACCCUUUUGGUUGAUUUUGAAUGAACAGUUGCAGGAACCCAUGCCAGCUUUAAUUUAUUGGCGGGAUGCUGGAUGUUCUAUUUUAACAGUAUAUGGAAAUAGACUUGUAUUGGGCUGUACUGUUACACCCUAUAUAGUUCAUCAUUUAAAUCCCUUAGAAACAGGGUUAGUACUGUUUACUAGUACUGAUAAAUUACUGGGAUCCAUGGUGUAAUUUAACCUUGUCCUUUCCAUGGUUUAGAUUGUAAUAUCAAAUGUCUAAUUUCUCCAAGUCAGCUUGGGGGACACAGGGAUAGUGAGGUAUAGCUGGUACUUCUAGGAGGGCAGAACACAACAGUAGGAAAAAAGCUAGCCCCUCCUCCACUGGCUAUACCCCCAGUAGGUGGAGCUUAGCUCAGUUUGUGUUGUGUAAUCAGGAGGAUGUGACAUUUAUUUUCUGUUCAUUUUAUUUUCUUUUUAUUUUAAUCUUUCACCAGGGGAUACCCAGGACCUCUACACUGAGUAGAGGAUUCCCAUAGCUUAAUUACCCCGGGUUAAUUACCUCUCCUUGGGUUAAUUACCUAAGGGUUACUAGAGCCAGACACAACCCCAUAUUGUCUAGGUGACAUAGUGACCUAACGGCACCAUGUCUGAGGGACCAAGCAAUAGGCAUUUUUCCAGGGAGGCACCUACUGACACAAUGAAAUUUCUAGCCUGUGCCAAAUGCCACAAACGAUUGCCGAAGGGGCACAAAGAUCCCCUAUGUGGCAAAUGCAAUCCACCAGAACUGGGUCCUGACUCCCCAGAACAUUCUCCCCCCAGAUGAACCAGGCUAGUCAAGGAUUCCCCACCACUUAGACAGCAUUCUCCUCCAAAAUGAGCAUCUCAACUGGCUACGGGGAUCCCAAAAUUGGCUCAAUCUUUGGACAAACUUCUCUCCCGCCUUGAUAAUCCCAGGGGUAGAGUGUCUAAACGCAGAGCUCCUACUCCAUCGGAUGAAGACAGUGAUUCUCCACCUAGAAUUACAUCACCACCUCCAUUAGAUUCCUCAGAUUCAGACCAAGAAGGGAGUCAAUCAAACACUCUUCAGAGUCUGUGGAUUCUUAUCACCUCUGUUCUAGAGACCCUUAAUCUCCAAGAACCAGAAGUCUCUUCUAAGAGCCUUUUAAGCACCACUGCAAGACAUCUCUGGUAUUUCCAUUUCACUCACAGCUUGAUCAACAAGAGUGGGACAACCCUGAAAGAUGUUUCUCUAGAACGGCCCUUCCUGUCAGUGCAGCAACCAUGGGGUUAAGUAUCCACCUCCGGAGGCAGGACAGAAGAAAAAAAUAGAAUCUCGACUCCGCCCUCUUCAUAUAAGCUCUUGCUCCUCCUGAUUCCCCUCAGUUUUUUUCUUCUGUCCUACUAUGAGGUUUGGACAGCACACUUUGUGUUAUAUAUUUUUUUAUUUCACUUUCUUUACAGGUUUUCCAUUCUGAAGAAGGGAGUUAUCCAGAGCAGGAGGCAUCCUAGCUCUUAUUCCACAAUCCUGUGUCUAAUCCCUAACCUGCCUCCACUCCUCAGGACUGGCGAAUGGUUACCUAAAGGGAUUAUUUAUCUACAGCACAACCACCCUCUCUCAGAGAAGGUACUGCUACCUUGCGCAUCUUUCGGUUUUCCCUACAACCGCAGCAACAGAGCCACGGGUAUCUAGGGGACCGCAUUCUGUACUACGCGCAGUUUUUCGCACCACAACGAGGGGCGCGCGUACACGCAGAGAACGUGCUUACUGGGCGCCAUCUUGGAUUUUUCAUCCACACGCGCCGGAGUUCACAGAGGCACUACAAGCUGAGACUUGCCACCAGACAGACAAUACACCAUGGAUGCAGAUUUGGGUCUGGAAGAGCUUAGGAAAGAGAUGACCUCAGCUACGCCCAAGACAAAAAGGUGGUAGCUCGCUUGUCCAAGAACACAACUCUACCAACAGAGGAAGCGGCUUUCAAGGAGCCGAUGGAUAAGAAGAUGGAAGGGUCCUUGAGGAGAGGAUAUACACAUGCCACAUCGAUUCUAAGACCGGCAGUUGCAUCGGCGGGAUUAGCUCGCACUGCCAGAUUUUGGUGCCAAGAAUUGCAAAAGAAUCCCCCUUCACUAGAGGUCUUACAUGAAGAACUACAACGUCUUAGCUCAGCGUUCGCCUUUUUGGCAGAUGCCAUGGACACAGUUAGGUUGGCAGCCAAAACCAGAGUAGAUACAGUAGUUGCUAGACGAGCUCUUUGGUUACGUCAUUGGUCUGGAGAUACAGCAUCCAAGACCAAGUUAAUGAACCUAAAAUUUACUGGGGACACGCUCUUCGGACCAGACCUCAAGCAGAUCAUUACCGAAGUUAAAGGUGGUAAGAGCACCUUUUUGCCUUCAGGCAAGAAACCCAGAUCAGAACAGCCCACUAGAUCUUAUAAUAGACCCUGGAGCUCCCAGGGCCGACCAUUUCGUUCCUUUCGGAAUCCCACCUUUCGUACUUCACAAUCGAGCGGCGACACGAGAAAAGGCAGACAAACCUGGCCCAUCCAACAGAGACAGAACAGGAAACCUGUCCCAUCAAAGCCCAAUUCAGCCUGACUCCAGGCUAGGACAAGCGGGGGUAGGAGGUCGUCUUCAACAAUUUUUUCCAGUAUGGCGAGACCACAUACAGGACAAUUGGGUGCUCACAAUCAUAGCAGAAGGGUACCGAAUUCCAUUCGACAGCCUACCUCCUCGCACUUACAAACGCUCAUCAACACCAAAAAACUCAUCCAAAAGACUCGCUCUGACUACAAUAGUAAACGAGCUGAAACAAAACAAUGUCAUUGUACCAAUACCUGCCGAAGAACGUUACAGAGGUUUCUACUCGAAUCUCUUUUUGGUCUUAAAGAAGGAGGGUACCUUCAGACCAGUAUUAAACCUAAAAACCUUAAACAGGCAGGUGUCCAAACAGAGAUUCCGCAUGGAGUCCAUUCGGUCGGUGGUGAUGUCAAUGACCCCCAAUUGUUUCAUGGCCAAGGUAGACCUUCAGGAUGCCUACUUGCAUGUACCCAUCAGGAGGGCAUCCCAACGAUAUCUACGGUUCACGGUGCUCGGGGAACAUUACCAAUUCAAGGCUCUUCCUUUCGGCCUUUCCACGGCACCCCGAGUGUUCACGAAAAUACUCAGCCCAUUGAUUGCACACCUCAGGCGUCUAGGAAUCUCAGUCACACCUUAUCUGGACGACCUCCUAAUCAGAGCUCCGUCCUACGACCAGAGUCACAACGACACCCAAAUUUGUGUCACAAUACUCCAACAACACGGUUGGAUAAUAAAUUACAGAAAAAGUCACCUCACACCCACACAGCAAAUUCAGUUUUUGGGAAUGUUGUUCGACUCAUCCCGUCAGACUACAUCUCUGCCCUUGGAGAAGAUUCAAACAAUCGUACACGCUGCUCAACAAGUCUGCACUCAGACCACCAUUUCAGCGGAACGCUGCCUCCAGUUAUUAGGCUACAUGUUAGCAGCAUUGGAAGCACUGCCUUUCGGCAGAUUCCGCAUGAGAGACUUUCAGAAUCACUUUCUACGCCUUUGGGACAAGAACCACUCAAACUUGUCGCAACAAAUUCCACUUACCAUGCAAGUCAAACGUUCACUGACUUGGUGGACAAUACCUCAAAAUCUUUCUCAAGGCAAGACAUGGGCCUUACCCCAGUGGACCGUACUGACCACGGACACCAGCCUCACCGGCUGGGGGGCAACUUGGCCACCUCGAACUUGCCAAGGGACAUGGUCCCAAGCGGAAUCAAAACUUCCUAUAAACGUGUUGGAAAUCAGAGCAAUCCGAAAUGCCAUAGCUCAUUGGUCUCAAGACUUACGAAACAUGCCACUACGCAUUCAGUCCGACAAUGCCACCGCAGUAGCCUACCUCAACAAGCAGGGGGGAACCCGCAGCAACAGAGCGAUGAGGGAGGUAGCGCAAAUACUCACCUGGGCAGAACUUCAUGUUCCAGCCAUCUCUGCAGUCUUUAUUCCGGGCGUACUAAACUGGGAGGCGGAUUACCUCAGCCGCCAGCGGAUAGACCAGGGAGAGUGGUCUCUCCGCUUGGACGUCUUCGCGCAGUUGGUAACCAGAUGGGGAAGGCCAGACAUAGACAUGUUUGCGUCAAGACACAAUUUCAAAGUUCCUACCUGCUGCGCCAGGUCACAGGACCCGAAGGCGGCUUACGUAGACGCAUUAGUGAUACCGUGGAUUUUCAAGCGAGUCUAUGCCUUCCCUCCACUAGCACUUCUUCCAAGAGUGAUACGCAAGAUACGGCAGGAACGGACAGAAACCAUUCUCAUUGCCCCGGAUUGGCCGCGGAGACCUUGGUACUCCGAACUCAUCAACAUGUCAGCAGCUCCACCAUGGCGGCUGCCUCUCACACCAGAUUUGCUCACUCAAGGACCGAUAAAGCAUGACAACCUGCAGCGGUUGCAUUUGACGGCUUGGCUGUUGAAACCGAGUUGUGGCGUUCCAAAGGGUUUUCGAAAGAAGCCACUGACAUUCUGUUGAUGGCCAGAAAGCGGUCCACAUCUAGAGUCUAUCAUAGGACUUGGAAAGCUUUCAUAGACUGGUGUGUGCCCAAGCAGUUUCAGUGGCAGCAAGCGUCGGUUCCAACAAUUGUUGAAUUCCUUACUCAGGGGCUCCAUUUAGGUCUCUCCUUAGCAACCCUCAAAGGCCAGAUCUCAGCACUUUCUAUUCUUCUACAACGUCAGUGGGCAAGGGAACCAGAUAUCUUGCAGUUCAUGCAGGGAGUGGGUAAGGUUAGGCCUCCAUACAGGGACCCAACGCCACCCUGGGAUCUUACACUUGUUCUCAAUGUAUUACAGGGUCCCCCCGUUUGAGCCUUUGGCUUCCUGCACGCUUAAAUUUCUUACCUGGAAGAUGACGUUUCUCUUAGCCAUUACCUCAGCAAAACGGGUCUCUGACAUGGCAGCACUAUCUUGUAAGGAACCCUGGCUUAUUUUGCAUCAGGACAGGGCAGUUUUCAGGACUAUUCCAGCUUUCCAGCCCAAGGUGGUUUCUGCUUUCCACAUAAAUGAGGAAAUUAAUCUUCCUUCCUUCUGCCCUAGGCCAGCUAAUCCCAAGGAAAAGGCACUACAUAAACUAGAUGUAGUGAGAGCGGUUCGCUAUUACCUAGACAGAUCCAAAGAAUAUAGGAAAUCGGAUACCUUUUUAGUUACAUAUGGUCAGAACAAAGGGUCACCUGCUUCUAAACGAACCAUUGCUAGAUGGCUGGUUGAGACAAUCAAUUGUGCUUAUGACCUUAGUCACAAACCUAGGCCCUUCAAGGUCCGAGCUCAUUCUACCAGAGCACUCGGUGCAUCCUGGGCCUUGUAUAAUCUAGCCACUCCAGAACAAAUCUGUAAGGCAGCCACUUGGGCUUCUUUGUCUACAUUCGCAAAAUUUUAUAGACUUCAUCUGUUUCAUUCCACUCCUGCUGCAUUUGGUAGAAAAGUACUUCAAGCAGUUGUGAGGAAACAGUAAAUUGAACCCGGCCCUAAAAAAGAUGGGACAGCUUUCGGACGUCCCCAUGGUUGCUGCACUGACAGGAAGGGCCGUUCUAGAGAAAGAUGGAUUUUCGACUUACCGGAAAAUCUUUUUCUAGACGGCCUGGACUGUCAGUGCAGUAAGCCCCACCCUUUCCUUACUGUUCGAUAUUGUUGCCUGUUGGCGAGUUGUUACUGUUGUUAUUGUGAAUCUCUUCUCGCUCUUUCUCUGCUAUCCUUUCUUCUCCAAACUGAGGGGAAUCAGGAGGAGCAAGAGCUUAUAUGAAGAGGGCGGAGUCGAGAUUCUAAUUUUUUCUUCUGUCCUGCCUCCGGAGGUGGAUACUUAACCCCAUGGUUGCUGCACUGACAGUCCAGGCUGUCUAGAAAAAGAUUUUCCGGUAAGUCGAAAAUCCAUCUUUUCAAACCAACCGAAGAUUCCAGAAGCUCUAUCCGUUUCCUAAAGAGCUUACAGAGAAGCGGUCACUUCCACCAUCAGUUGAUGCACCAGUAUCUCGGCUCUCCAAAAAUACUUCUCUUCCAGUUCCUGACGCUUCCUUUAGUUAUUUGAUGGACAAGUAAUUAGAGAGCCUGCUACGCUCCGCUUUCACAGCUUCUGGCACUUCCCUACGCCCCGUUUUAGCCAUGGCAUGGGUCAGUAGGGCCAUUCAAUCAUGGUCAGAUUUUCUUCUCAACGCCAUUACCUCAGGGGCACCCUGCCAUGAGCUCUCCCAAUAGGCUUCCCAGAUCAAGGAAGCAAAUGAUAUGUGUUAGGCUUCUCUCGAUGCAGCUCAAUUCAUCAGUAGAUCAUCGGCACUCUCUGUGGCUGCUCGCAGAUCACUCUGGAUGAAACUGUGGUCAGCCGAUCUCUUUUCCAAAAAAUCCCUCAUCUCCAUCCCAUUUAAGGGCAAGCUUCUAUUUGGCCCUGACCUAGACAAGAUCAUCAGACAAGCAACAGGGAGCAAAAGUACCAUGCUAUCACAACCUAAAUCAUGCCCUCCUUUCGCAGGUGAAAAUUUUUCGUGGCUCCCUCACUAAAAAUGUAAGAUCAUCACCUCUAUGACAGUCCUUCUCCAACCGAGGACGUUUCUGUAGUAAGCGGAGACCACACUGGCAGAACCAAAAGCACACUCCCAAGACAGGAGACAAAACCGCCUCUGCAUGACGGCGACUUUGCACCGGUAGUCACGACACCUAUAGGGUGGAGGCUGAGCCUUUUCGCCAACAUGUGGAUCGCACUUAUCCAAGACAUCUGGAUCCAUGAAAUGGUUACUUGAGGCUAUCACCUCUAAUUUUCAUCACCUCCUCCACAUCACUUUUUCAUGUCCAGACUGCCACAAGAGCCAGACAAAAGAUCAGCCUUGCUUGGCGUCAUCUCCAACCUCCUCCUGUCAGAAGUGAUCAUACCUGUACCUGCCGGAGAACUUUUCAGAGGCUACUAUUCACACCUCUUCGUAGUGCCCAAAAAAGAAGGGUCCGUACAACCCAUACUGGAUCUAAAAGAAUUAAACAAAUUCAUCUGACCAAGGAGAUUCCAUUUGGAGUCUCUCAGAUCAGUCAUUGCAGCAUGUCGUCAGGUCAAUUCCUAAUUUCUCUUGACAUGAAGAAUGCAUACUUUCAUGUACCCAUUUUCCCUCCACAUCAGAAAUACCUUCCAGAAUUGCCAUUACCAGUUCACAAGCCUCCCAUUCGGACUAAUGUCGUAUCCUCUGGCUGCAGCGACAGUAGUAAUCUGCACUGUGGGGAUUUCCAUCACCCAAUACCUGGAUGAACUACUAAUCAAGGCACCCUCCUUCACAGAGGCUUAGAGAUAUGUCCAGAUAACCAUGGACAAGUUACAGAAACUAGGCUGAGUCUUAAAUCUGGCAAAGUCAUCUCUGACACCCAGCCCAUCCAUGGUCUUCCUCGGCAUGGCCUGCUGGGGGUAUAGCCAGUGGAGGAGGGGUUAGCUUUUUUCCUACUGUUGUGUCCUGCCCUCCUAGAGGUACCAGCUAUACCCCACUGCUCCUGUGUCCCCCAAGUGACUGAAAGGAAAGAGAUUUUACGAUGAGUACACAAAAUCUCCUUUUUUUUAAUUUC